AUCUGGUUUGAGCACGUUCGGGCGUCGCGACGCCGAUCUUCGAACCUUUUCAGUAUUUCUCAGCUGUUCGAGACCGACGCGAGGGUAGUUUGUGGUGGUUUUCGUUGUUUCGUCGGCCCCCUUUUGUCUAAUUCUAAUAAUGUCCAGAAGAAGACGAUAUUUUCCACCCCCUGUAUAACAAACAACGUUUGCGAGCUGCUAUGGGAGCUUUGGGCGAGAAAAAAAAGCUCUCGACGACCAGAAAUAAGCAACGGGCAAAUAUGAGCUUUUUUCUGGUCGUCAUUUUUUUCGCCGUCUUUGGAAUCAUCGUUUUCACCGAAAUUUUUCUCAUCGACGAAAGGGGUAGGGGUGCCGGCGUUUUGGUCAGGCAUGGAUCGAUACCUUAUCAUCGAAAAAAUCAUGAACGACCCGAUUAUGAAGACGUUAUGCAGAGUGAUGAUUACAUAUCAGUUCGAAUGGGAAUGGGUGGUCCAUUGGAUGAAACCGUUGGAAGUUUACUUAUCGGGCGUCACAAUGGACCUGUUCCUUUCUUCCAAGCACCGAACAAUCAAGAACAACAGGCAAUCAAUGAACAACAGCUGCCACCAUAUCCGGUAAAUGUAACUCCGUCGGAAGGUAGCUGGCAAACGGUGAAUGGAACUAGAUUCAAAUUCUUCGUGUAUUCGGCGUAUUUCGAUGGGCGGAAAGAUCAAAGAUCGGUUAGGAUUAUUGCGGCGACAAAAACUAGGGGAGCAACGAGGGUUUGGUGCCGGUUAUGGUAUAAAUCUCAAGAGGGGAAUUCGACGGGUUUUAUUUCAAAAACAAUCGCCUCAAAACUUAAAGUAAUCCGUGAAAAUUGGAAUUUAAAGUAUAGUGCUUGUUUCCUAUUGUGCCCAUUGGAUAAAGACCACCAAAUCCCAUCAGCCGUUUCGAUUGUAUCGAGAAUUUGGAACUCACCGUCAAACCUUUUAACAGUUAUGAACAAUCGCAAUGAUACCCAUCGAACGGGAACAACAACAAACGGAGGGAUCACGUUGAAUGUGUGCGUUAAACCCCUUCAUUUCGAGUACAACAAAGCGGUUCCGUUGCUGGAAUUUAUCGAGUUGCAUCGAAUUCUCGGAGCCGGACAUUUCACCUUUUACAACCACACCGUUGGACCGCAAGUUGCGUGUCUUUUAGAACGUUACGUAGCUGAGGGGGUUGUCACUUUGCUCCCGUGGGACCUAAAUAUGGCCUCACAAAAGGAUAUUAGAACGGAGGGCUUAUUUGCAGCCCUCAAUGAUUGCCUGUAUCGGUCUAUGUAUAGAUUUUCGCAUGCGAUUAUGAUCGAUUUGGACGAAUUUAUCAUUCCAAGACACAACGAUACGAUUCCGCACCUUUUAGAAUGGUUGGGUGAAAAAAUUAACUCGAAAUUAACUGGGUCUUACUCGUUUCAAAAUGGAUUUUUUUAUUUGCAAUGGGAGGACGACAAUACGCUUUAUAACAAAGAUAUAAUCGCUUCUUCUUUGUUAACUUUGAAGAAAACUCGGAGAAAAUACAAAUUGCAUCCGCACAAACAACGUUCAAAAUAUAUUUGUCGACCGGAGUUUGUCGUCGAAACCGGAAAUCAUUUUAUUUGGGAAUUUUUACCUGGUCAUAACACCUUUAAUGUCCCCUCAGACGCUGCGAUUUUACAUCAUUACAGGGUGUGCGAAUUUGGGGGUGAUGAUUGCGUACAAACCGCCUCAGUUGUUGAUCGAACAACUUUUAAGUACACCGAUCGAUUGAUUAAAUCGGUUCGGGGUUUAUAUGACCGAUACAAAGAUUCCUGUUUAUUACAGGAAUUACAAUGGAGUUAUUCCUGGAGAUAAUAAAUAAUGUGAUAAUGA